CUCGGCACUACUAUGUUGGCAAGCAAGACGGGAGGGAAACCGUUUCCAGGGGCGCGAUGCGAUUAAUAAACGUUGCAUCGCUUUUGAAAACUCCAACGAAUCGACCGACACCUUGACAAGAUGAAGUUCGAUUUAAUAUCUCGUUGUACGACGGUCCGGUAGUUAUGAAAUCUCAUCGAUACGCUUCGUGUUCUACACCGUCUCUCCCUUCUACUUUCCUCCGUGUUAUCGAUUGUUACGAACGCGCCGCCUGAUAAUGCGUUAAAUGUGCACUUCCUUUAAUCGAAAUCACAUAUCCUCGCGUUUACACGACGGAAAGAAAUCGAAUAUCGUGAUACGAUCGGAUACCGAUCAUGUAUGCCGUAUUAAAAAUAACCUGCGUUUAAAUAUUGUGCGACAUGGAGUUUCCGGUACAUCAGCCUGAAUGAAUGCAACCCUUCAACCGUGCAAACAUGGUCGAUCGUUAAGCGUAAUGAGUCUAACGUAGGCGCAUUAUUUUCGAGCACAUAUCUGAAUGAAUUUACCUUCUAAUUAAAUGAUACUAUUACUAAAUUAUACUUUGGGUCGGUAAAGAUUCUGCUCUCUAAUUCCGGGGUUAAAGGAUGUUACAUUGAAAUACUUGGGGGUCCUGAUAAUUCAAAGGAAGAUAUGAAACGAUAUCUAUCCUAAUACAUCAGUAUGGAAAUGGAAAAGUGAAAGCAUGAUAUGAUAUAAUGGAAUCCAGGAUGCCAGUGAAGUACGACGAUUCUUAAGUUCAGCAUGGAACUUAGAAAAGGGCUAUGGUCGAAAAAAAUCCUGCUACCGGCCUGUUUUCUGGUAAUUCUAAUCUGGAUCUUUCUAAUCGACAAUUCCUUGCUCCUGGUCAAUCUGUCCGGCAAAGCGACCCUACAAAAACCCAGAAAUUCCGUUUACUCUGCGCACAUGGUCGAUCCGAAUCUGGACCGUCUAAUCGUGAAGGAAUCAUUUUUGAUAAACGACGUCGAAUCGAGACGCACGAAAUUAUCGAAACUUCAAGUGGUGUCACUUUGGACAGGCAACAACAGCGUUAAAGGAAGCUCAGGUACAUUGCGAAAGUAUCAGGUGUUGAGGCAACAAGGUUUAAUACCUAGCAAACAAUUACCGACUGCGUUGAUAAUCGGCGUGAAGAAAGGCGGAACCAGAGCCCUGUUAGAGUUUCUAAGGUUACAUCCGGCUAUACGAGCCGCCGGAUCGGAAGUACACUUUUUCGAUCAUCAUUACAUCAAGGGAUUCCAUUGGUACAGACACCGGAUGCCUCCUACAUUGGCCACUCAAAUUACGAUGGAAAAAACACCGUCGUAUUUCGUGACUAGCGAGGUACCGAGAAGAGUUCAACGCAUGAAUCCGGCAAUGAAAUUGAUUCUCGUAGUAAGGGAUCCGGUUACCAGAGCGAUAUCCGAUUAUACUCAAGUGAAGAGUAAACGAGCAAACAUGCCAAAAUUCGAAGAUCUAGCAUUUCUGAACGGAUCGAAGAUCGUGGACACUUCGUGGGUACCAUUGAAGAUCGGAGUGUACGCGAGACACUUGGAAAGGUGGCUUCAAUAUUUUCCGUUAUCGCAAUUUUUAUUUGUAUCCGGUGAAAGAUUGAUCAUAGAUCCUGUCGCCGAGGUAACGAGGGUACAAGAUUUCUUAGGCCUAAAGCGAGUUAUAUGCGAGAAACAUUUUUAUUUCAACGCUACCAAAGGGUUCCCUUGUCUGCUCAAGUCUGAAGAACAUCCUACACCCCAUUGCCUUGGUAAGAACAAGGGUCGUAGUCAUCCUUACAUAGAUCCUGUAGCCAUACAACGAUUGAGAGAUUUUUAUCGUCCAUUUAAUCAACGUUUCUACCAAUUAACCGGGAUGGAUUUCGGCUGGUUGUGAGAACAAGUGCAAUAAGCUAAUACAUAUCGAUGCUAGUUAAAUAAUACAUAGUCAAUUUUUACUGAGAUACGACACAUACGAAUGCCAUUAGUCUGCACCAAGAUAAAUUAUCGGUAAAAGAUGAUUACUGGUUAGGUUAGUUUCAUUCGACGUAACUAACAGGCAUUAUUUUAAUGUGUUGACAAUACGCAAGAGAAUUCGUGUUUGUGAUAUUACCGCUAGGGGAUGGACGAUAACGAUGAAAAAUUUACAUUCGUAAUUUAAAUGCUAUAGACAUUUAAUUUAUACCGUAGCAAGGGAGAACAUCGAGUAAUAGUAAAGUAAUCAAUUAAUAAGUUGGAAAUAUUAUACGAUUCGUAUUUUUGUGCUUUGUAAUUGAAAAUUGACAUGCGCUAUGGAAAGAGUACCAUGAGCGCCAUCUUGUUGCAAGCGUAGCUAUUGUUUCAAAGGUACGCUUUGAUUUCAAAUUUGAAAACUUCUAAAAGUAACUAAAAGUACUUACAGCUGAGUUUAUUAUUCGUUCAAUGAGAGACAUACCUUUUUAAUGCAACUCGGGGAAGACCUUUCCUCUCAGUUCGAAUUUCGUGGCACUUGGCGAUCAUAUACACAGCGGAAAAAGAAACACGAACACGGAAAGCGAAUACCCCUAUCGACGGUCGGAGUGUAUACUAAAUAUAAGACCACUGGAUAUGCUGCGCAGCGCCACGACGCGCAUGCGCGUACGAAGCAUGCUUGAACCAAUCAGAGUUGACAUGCAUGUGCGCAUGCGCAAAAUGAAUGACAACUAUUUCAAAUACGAUCUUAUGUUGAAUGAAUAAUAAAUUUUAUGAUUUUUAAACUUCCAUUAGCACUAUCGAACAAAAUAUGUAUAUAAACUUGAAUCCUAGCACCGAAUAGAAGAAACAGAAUAUUUUAAAUGAGGUUUCGUUUGGAUCAUAUUGAAAUUCUCUUGCAAAAUUAGAAGCAGAUCAUUGUCGUUACUGAAAACGAUUCUUAUUGUAAAAUUUAUAAUAAUUAAGCAACAAACCAUAAGUACAACUUAAAGCAAUGGAAAACUAUGUCUCCUUUUUACAAGUUUCAAUGAACAUACGAUGUCAAUUAGACAUUUGCAACGACGAGGGUUGUUAAAAAGUUUGUACAACCGCGAAACAUAUAAUUAAUUUUGCUACGUGCAAAUAUGCACCAGCUUGCAGAAAUUAUAAAACGAAUACAGUGUAUUUAUAUUUUGCAAACGUGCACACAUAUAUAUACGUAUCAUAAAACGCGAAUUUUUACAAACUCGAUGAUAAAGUAAAUUUUAAUUAAACGGUAGAAAAUGUUAGUUGUUAAUUAUUAGAGUUUGUUCUAAGUGAGUUGAACGUCUAGAAACUUUUAUUGACGAAAAUGAAUUUUUGUGUAAUUAGAAAUGUUAAUUGAACGAAUCGCAACGACCGUAUCGUUGAUUAAUUAAUUACGUGUUAAUUUGCUCAAGCGAUCUAAUCGACCUACUUAAGAGAUACAUAUCUGUAAAUAAACAAUCAUUUCACGAAACACUGA